AUGAGUGGAGGAGCACUUCGAUCCAAGCAAGGCUGCUGGACCUGUCGACUCCGCCGCAAAAAAUGCGACGAGCGACAACCCGUUUGCACGACAUGCGAGCAGCUCAAAAUCACCUGCUACGGCUAUGGCACGAAGCCCGACUGGAUGGACGGUGGGGCAAAAGAGAAGGCGAUGAUCGAUCAGAUCAAACAGAUUGUGAAACAUACAUCUAGACGGAAGGGGAGGCUUAAUGUCGCACUCAGUCGAUUCCAACGUAAAGAGGAGGCCCCAAAAUUAGCGCCUAAACCGACCGCUCCGCUACCGACGACCUCAGAGUCUCCUCCGGGUACCGAGAGCACUGUAGUCACGGUCAAUGGGUCCUCUUCAGGUGACACUAGUGAGCAUGCGAAUGGGUCUUCCCCGGUAACUUUUCUAGUUCUGAACUCCUCUGUCGAGGCCUCAGAGGGGGCUUCCGUCUCUUCCUGGUCGCCUUUUUCGAUCAAUAGCCAAGAAGCAGUCCUGCUUAUGCAUUUCAUUGACAAUGUGUUCCCGCUCCAGUAUCCCGUCUACAAGCCAAGUGUCGCUGAAGGCGGUAGAGGUUGGGUCAUCUCUUUACUGCUACGCACCAAACCACUCUAUCACGCUUGCUUGGGUCUCGCCUCGUAUCACCGAGGCUCUGUACUGUUAGAGCAACGUCGAGGUCCUUGCAACACAGCAGUCGUAGUGGAGCAAGAAAGGCAUCUUGCUAUCUGUCUCAAAGAGUUUCGAGAAACUAUUCAGGCCGUCGAUCAUUUGAUAGGAAAUUUCAAUUGUCCUAAGAAUAGCCUUGGGCUAAUGGCUUGUAUUGUACAGCUUAUUUACUUCGAGCUAUUUGCGGGUCAUGAUACUUGGAAAAUCCACCUCCAAGCAGCGUCAUCAACUUUUAGUCGUGGUUAUUAUGAUCAACUCGAUGAGCUUGACAUGAUUCGAGGACGAGAAGCCAUCUGGGACCCCGACGGAGAGGCGCAUGGGCAUGGAUGUGAACCUAACGAACAAAAAGCUGUUUUCCGGUUCAUGGGAGGAGUCAUUAUUUGGCUUGACCUUAUCUCUAGUAUCACAGCAGGCACUUCACCAAGUCUUGUUGAGUACCAUUCCCACGCCCUUUCAACAUCAUCUCAUAUCAAACUGGAAAACAUCAUGGGCUGUCAUAAUUGGGUAGCCGUCCAAAUUGGCCGCAUCUCGGCCCUUCACGAACUCAAAAUGCACAAGAUUCAGCAUGGGUGCCCCAAUAUCACUGAUUACGAGACUCAGGUCGUCGAUAUCAGAGCCGAAAUACAACGGGGGCUUACGGAGAUGUGCCUUGGGACGCUGAACCUCAACCAGACAGUUCCAACGUGUUUCGGUAACACAUUCAUCACGAGGAUGUUUGCAUUUGCAGCUGGACUCUACCUCGAUCUCGUGGUCAACGGAUAUGUAUCGAGCUCCGAGAUAUUCCACAUGUUGAGAACGGAAGCAAUGAUGGUACUUCGAGGACAAGUACCUGCUGAAAUGAUGCAUACGAUCAUCUUUCCACUCUACAUCAUUGGAUCCGUUGCGGUACCAGAAGACCAGGCUUUCUUUCGAUAUGUGUUCCAGACCAGCCCGGUGCUGGACCCAUCGCUGGAGCAUCGAAGCAAAAUUCUGCCUCUCCUGGAGAAAGUCUGGCAGCAGACACAGCUAUUAGGGGCACAACUGACUUGGGAGGACAGCUUGAAACUGGCAGACCAGAGCCUUCUUCUCAUCUGA